AUGGCUUUCCUCAAACGCAUUCUCCCGCUGCUCGCCCUGCUUUUGCCUGCAGUAUUCAGUGCCACAGAGCAGGUCCCUCACCCGACCAUCCAGACUAUCCCGGGAAAGUACAUCGUCACUUUCAAGGCCGGCAUUGACAACGCGAAAAUUGAGUCCCAUUCCGCAUGGGUAACGGAGCUCCACAGACGCAGCAUAGAAGGCCGCAGUACACCCGACGAUGACCUUCCCGCCGGCAUCGAAAGAACAUACAAAAUCGCCAAUUUUGCUGGGUACGCGGGGUCUUUUGAUGAAAGGACUAUCGAGGAGAUCCGCAAACAUGACCAUGUGGCUUACGUGGAACAAGAUCAGGUAUGGUACCUCGAUACGCUAGUUACCGAAAGACGAGCGCCUUGGGGACUGGGUAGUAUCUCGCACCGUGGUGCGUCUAGCACCGAUUACAUCUAUGAUGACAGCGCUGGCGAGGGUACCUAUGCCUAUGUAGUGGAUACCGGCAUCUUGGCUACACACAAUGAGUUUGGUGGUCGUGCUAGCCUAGCAUACAAUGCUGCAGGGGGUGAACACGUUGAUGGUGUUGGACACGGCACACAUGUAGCAGGUACCAUUGGCGGCAAAACAUACGGUGUUUCGAAAAACGCUCACCUACUAUCCGUGAAGGUGUUUGUGGGUGAAUCAAGCUCGACAUCGGUCAUUCUGGAUGGCUUCAAUUGGGCAGCCAAUGAUAUUGUGAGCAAGAAUCGGACCAGCAAGGCAGCGAUCAAUAUGAGUCUUGUAGGUGGAGGAUACUCCUAUGCUUUCAACAAUGCAGUUGAGAAUGCUUUUGACGAGGGUGUACUCUCUUGUGUUGCCGCUGGAAAUGAGAAUAGAGAUGCAGCACGGACUAGUCCAGCUUCUGCACCCAACGCUGUCACUGUUGCCGCUAUUAGCAGAAGCAAUGCCCGUGCGUCAUUUUCAAACUAUGGAUCCGUAGUUGACAUCUUUGCUCCGGGAGAGCAAGUCCUUUCUGCGUGGAUUGGUUCCAACUCGGCUACCAACACCAUCUCCGGUACGUCCAUGGCCACGCCUCAUGUGACAGGUUUGGUCAUUUAUUUGAUGGGCUUGCGGAACCUGGCUACCCCGGCGGCCGCAACAGCUGAGCUCAAGAGACUGGCUACGCGGAAUGCUGUCACCAAUGUUGCCGGUAGCCCCAAUCUACUGGCCUACAACGGAAACAGCGGCGUGUCAAAUGGAGGUGAUGAUGAUGGAGAGGAGGACUAG